UCGGUUUUUAGUGAGCAGGGGUUUGCCUCGCCAGAUGAGUAUUUGUCCGGACAUGCACUGUGUAAUCGGUGGUUGCAUCGUGUCUUGCGCAACGUGAUGCCUGCAAGCUAGAUAUUUCGAAACUAAUUGGGUUCCUUGAACGGCUGUUUGAUGCAAACAAAUUGGUCUUUUGUCGACAAAACAGACAAGGAAUCCCUAUUUAGGGGGGGGGUACCGCAGUUGGGAACGUUUCCUGCGACACGCUUUGUCAAUGGCAACCCUCCCGCGUUCCUUACCCGCACGUCCUCGGCGUUCGUCGCGCUUUCAGUCUUGCUGGCUGCUUUGGUGCUGGGUAACAUAGCUUGCUUCGCAUGGUUCCUCAUGCGGAGGCGUAAAGAACCCCCGACUCCGCCCUCCGCAGGCCGCCGUGAUGCCAACACCGAAGUGGAACUGGGCCGUCUUCGGAGAGACCUCGAGACUGAGCACAGCAGGCGCGUGAAGGCUGAGACCCUGGUCCAUCGGGCGAAGGGCGGCGGACUACGCUCUGGCGACUUCCCCAGCGUCCGCGACGUGUAUCAGCACGUGUAUCAGCUGGCGGACGACGCCCUCGCGUGGACCGAGAAAGCUUGCGCCGUCGGCGGGUCCCACCCGGCGGUGAACGGGACGAUUCUGAGCGUCCUGUACAACACUUUCCUGGUCUGCAGGGAGGAGGUGCAGCGGUGCUUGGACGAGAGGCUCCAGAACCUGUCGGCGUUUCUGGGCAACGACGAGCCCAUCCUGCUGUCGGCCGGCGACGAGAUGAACCUGGACACGCAGUACGUGCUGUACGAGUGCCUCUGCAAGGACUACCAGAGGAUCGUGCCCGCGGACCCGGACCGGAUGAACGCGCUGGCUGGGGUCGUCCUUCGGCGCUGCGAGGAGCCUGCAGACGAGAGCCUCGCCAACGAGAUCAUAUCUGGCCCCGCGUGGCCUUCCUUCGAGGCCCUCAUGAAGAACUACUUGAUGGUUUUCGUCGAGAUGGCCCUCCAGAAGCCAAGGGUGGAGUUCGAGGACAACUUGGGGGAUGCCGUGACCUUCGACUCCGUCGUUCACCGGGACUGGGCCCCAUACUCCAAAGCACCUGCCGGGCAAUCGUGUUCCAUUGUCUUCCCGGCCUUACGUCCUCAAGAGGGCCGACCGAUGUCAAACGCCAAGAUCGGAGUUGUGCGCCUCCCCGCCUAGACCUCCUUCGACAUUACGAUGGAGGAGGGACGGAAAAACCUGCGGGGCAGGGUCGCGUCGAAGGCCCGUGGGUCGCGGUAUUUUUGCCCGCUUGCGUUACAAAGGAAUACACGUGUGCGCGCAGGUGGUUGAGGUGAUGGCCGCCCCAUGGUACACCUUUUGCGGACCAUAUACUCCGUUCCCUGUGAUGCACGCAUAUUGUACAACAGCUUGACGUCGCAGAAGGCGAUAGUUUGAGGCCCACAUAUGCAUGAUGGGUAGAAAUGUACUUGUAGAUCUCUCGUUUGGGAGACCAUACGCCAGAAAUAAUACGAAAAAUGUUGAUAUGCCUUUAAGGUUGGCGGGCGAGAGAAGGAGCAGCGUCGCGUAGUUCGAUUUGUAUUAGACCUCACACCUUGCUUUUCGUCAUGUAGCAACGCGUGCGGUCGGCAACGUAGGUGUACGUGAUGUGUUUGGGUCUUGAGUAGGAGCACGCCAUGCUUGAGAGCUCUUUGACCAGUUACUGCUGUCCUGAGGUCACGAAGCGGCCUCAACGUCGAUGGCUUCGUAUUGUUUUGGAUGACGAAACAGGGACUAUUUUUAUUGUCGUGUAAGUUGACUUUGUUUUUUUUCCAGGCUAGGGUUGACUGAGUCUUUGCGACGUUUUGUGUUGUGGCUUCCCUUGCUCACUUGGAGGUGGUACGCGCGUGUUCGGUGGUGCCGUACGACUCAAGUCCGUCGCACAUUAUAGCUGGGCCCCAGUCUGAAAGAUGGCGUGUUGCGUCAUGGAAUUUGGAAUGUUCGGCAGUGUUUUCUAUUUUCUGUCGACCGUACAGUGGAAGUAGCAGUACAAUUGCCUCAUCUAUCAUUCGCAAGCAGGAGGGCUGUGCGGCCUCAGUGCACACGAAGCAAGCGUGGUGAUCGUUCCUGUGUUGUCAUUUAGUUAGUUGAGGAGGCGAGGCAGCACCCCAUGGUAUAUCAAAUGCCAAGGUAUGCGCGAGCGAGUGUUUUUGGAGCGCGAAUGGUGAACGAAUUUAGGACGUAAAUGGGGGAGAAGUAGCCGAUUAUUUCAACCAGCCUUCGGGGGGCCGAAUCAGUCACGUAAUUCAAACGAGAGCGAAGUUGUGAUGGGGGUAGCGAGGGUUCUCGUGAAAUCUGUGGCAGGAUAUCACUUGCUGCACAGAAAAAGUUAGAGAUGCAAGACAGGUGCAAUUUAUUUGUGCUUGGUAUGUGUGGCCUAGAGUAGCGGCGGGUAUUAAAGGCCACUUGAGCUACCCCCUGUGCAAAGAGCUCGUUCUUGAGCAGGAAAACGAAUUUCGAUGAUAUUGUGGUAUCGAGCGAUAGGUAAGAUCACCCCCCGCCUAUCUAAAACAGUGACGAGGUAAGGCUGGGGCCGUAGACCUGAGCUGCAAGCUCCAUUUUGAGAGAAAAUUACCCCUGGGGGUAUUAAAGGCCACUUGAAUCAUUGGUUGAUUUCGUACGUUUCAAAGCGGUUCAAGACCCAAGAUUUUGUGGGCACGCGUAAAAUACAGUAGGAAUGAAGAAAAAAUACGAGAAAAAAAAAUGAACGACACCCGG